AUGGCUUUUUUUAAUGAAUCCAAUUCUGCUUCGGCUGACAGAUGCUCAGCUAAGAAUAACAGAAGGAACGAAAAAUCUGCCACCGCGACUGGCGCUGGAAAGAAGAGUUCAGGUGGCUUUAACUUCCGAAGGUUCUUUGUCCCCUCCUGCUCGCUUGCUCUUCUCGUUGUCGCCAUAUAUAUGUUGCUACUAGAAAUAACCCCCUUGGACAAGAAGGUUAUGACCCAAAUACAAGCAAGGAAUUUAUCCGAGUCAAAUGAAAAUGGAUACUUCAGGAAAGGAAAUUCAUAUACGAAUGCAAGUUCUUCUGAUUCUGAAUCCAAUUAUAACCUGUUAUCUGGGUAUGAUACAAUGGAUUUAGGAGAAAAUGAAAAAGAGCAUGACUUGGAUUCACAUCCAACUGUUGGAGUAAAAUAUGCAGACGAAAGUGACUUGUAUAAUGUUGAGAUGCCUGUGUUUAACCCACCUCAAAUGGACCUUACCAAGGAUAUGAUGAAGGAAAAACUGAACGAAUUGAUCAAUAAUAUGGAAGAAGUCCCAACAAAGGAUGACGUUGCCAACCUGUGGACGCUUGGAUAUUCUCUUGAGGAGGAAGAAUUUUAUGAUUUUUUAAUAGAGAUAUUCGAAUAUUACAAUGAGUUAAAGGAAACACACAAUGUAGAUAGUGAACAUGCGAACGCUCAAUGGAGUAAGCUGUUUUUCAAUCUUCAUGACCUUUUAAAGCAGAAGGAGGACUACUACGUUCAACUUUACUUGGACUUCAUCAUGAACAGUACCUUUACGAAACAGGAAUGUAUUAAUAUUUUCAACAACUGUAGGAAGGAACUUGCUGAUUUCAGACAGCAGUUACUCACCAUAAGCAAAAGCCAAUUGCAUGAAAACAUGGUUCAAGAAAAUUGA